CUGGGGGAGGAAACAAGAUCUUGAGCUGAGCAAGAACAUCCCAGCAUCUUCGUUGACUUUAAAAGUAUAUUCUGGGGUCUUCUGUGGUCACUAUUCCAGUACUACAGAGAUUCCUUAUAUUAAAUGGCAGGAGGGGUGGGUAAACUUAGGGAUAGUGAAGACAACAACACAUUAAUCAAGAACUUUCUUCAUAUCUCAGAACCCAUCCUCAGUAAGAAUGUCAGAGAGGGUUGACUGGUUACAAAGCCAAAAUGGGGUGUGCAAAGUUGAUGUCUAUUCACCUGGGGAUAGCCAACCCCAGGACUGGAAAAUGUCGGAUGAAUACUUGUCUGUUUUUAAGGAAGUCUCAAAUGAUCCUGUCAGAGUGCUCAGCUGGCUCCGCAAAGAUCUGGAAAAAACUACAGCAGGGUUCCAAAGUGUUAGGUUCAAGCCUGGAGAAUCAUCACCUGAUGGGGAAAUGACCAACUCAGGAGACCCACAGAAGGGUUUCACUGUGGACUACUACAAUACCACCAACAAGGACAAUCCAGGGAGAUUUCAUUUUGAGAUGACUCACAAAGAAAACCCUCUCCCAGGUUCCGGUGUCCAAGAUAAUGAUGGGAGUACAGUGGAUGAAGUUUCCUUCUAUGCUAACCGCCUCACAAAUUUAGUCAUAGCCAUGGCCCGCAAGGAGAUCAAUGAAAAGAUCGAUGGCUCGGAGAACAAAUGUGUCCAUCAGUCAGUGUACAUGGGGGAUGAACCCCCCGCUAACAAAAGCCUGACUAAGGUGGCAUCAGAGCUGGUGAAUGAGACUGUCUCUGAAUGUUCCAAGAAUACUACCUCAGAUAAGGUUCCUGGCUCUGGUGACAGAGUCUUAGGAUCAUUGCAGAGUCCCUCAAAUUUGAGAUACAACAAGACCACUUUUAAGAUCAAUGAAUGCAAGGGUCCAGAUGGCAAGCCUAGUUCUAAGAAGUCUUUCUUCUAUAAAGAAGUGUUUGAAUCUCAUAACGCAGGUGAUUCCAAAGAGGGUGCAAGGUCCUUACCUGGGGAGAGAAAAAUGUUCAGAGGGCAAGAAAGGCCUGAUGAUUUUACAACUUCUGUUAGUCAGAAGAUCAUGACCUAUGCUAACAGUGUGGUGUCUGAUAUGAUGGUCUCCAUAAUGAAGACUCUGAAAAUCCAAGUGAAGGACACAACCAUUGCCACCAUCCUGCUGAAGAAGGUACUACUUGGGCAUGCAAAAGAGGUGGUCUCAGAUCUCAUUGACUCCCUCAUGAAGAACCUCCACAACGUCACAGGGACCCUCAUGACUGAUACAGACUUUGUCUCGGCUGUGAAACGAAGUCUCUUCUUUCAUGGAAGCCAGAAGGCCUCAGAUAUUAUGGAUGCUAUGCUGUGGAAGCUCUACAGUGUGAUGUUUGCCAAGAAACCUCCUGAGAAUAUCAGGAAAACCAAGGACAAGUCUGAGAGUUAUUCCCUUGUCUCCAUGAAAGGAAUGGGUGGUCCUAAAAACCAAAAGGUAAAUUUUGCAACAAUGAAAUCUGAAGGUAAAUUGAGGGAAAGAAUGUUCUCUCCUCCAUGCAAACCAGAGAAGACUUGUGUUGAAACUUUGGGUGAACACAUUAUCAAAGAGGGCCUGAGUUUAUGGCAUAAAACUCAGAAUAAAGAAGGAAAAUCUCCAGAUUUUCAGUGUGCAACAACUCCCAACAACCAGUAUGACCCUCCCCCAGACUUUCCAAUGGAAUAUCCUCUGGAUACUUGCAAUUUCAUCCCCCCUAUGCAUAACCUAGAGAACCCUGAGAAUUUUAUGUGUGAUUCAGACUCCUGGGCCAAGGACCUGCUUGUAUCUGCAUUACUUCUGAUUCAAUACCACCUGGCCCAGGGAGGAAGCAUGGAUGCACAGAGCUUCCUUGAAGCUGCUGGUAGAACCAACUUUCCUACCAACAAGGCCCCUGUAGUUUCUGCUGAGACCAACCUUAAGUCUCCACAUAUGGAAGGUAACCAAGAAGAAACAGAGAAGAAGGAUCUAAUGAGUGUUUUCUUCAACUUUAUCAGGAAUUUACUUGGUGAGACCAUUUUCAAGAAUGACUAUGGCCCUGAACCCAAGGUGCCAGAACAACCAAUUAAGGAAGACCUAUGUGAAAGACCUGUACCCCCUUGUCCCAUCAAAGUGAGUGAAGGUGAUGAGGCUGGUGGUACUCUUGCUGGGCUGGCCAAGAUGGUCACCAGCCACAUGAAUGGGCAGAUGAUAGAACAUCUAAUGGACUCAGUGAUGAAAUUGUGUCUCAUUAUUGCCAAGUCCUGCGACUCUCCCUUGGCAGAGCUGGGAGAUGAUAAAUCUGGGGAUGCCAGCAGGCCAACUUCAGCCUUCCCAGAUAGUUUCUAUGAGUGCUUACCAGUCAAGGGCACAGGGACAGCAGAGGCUGUCCUGCAGAAUGCCUAUCAAGCUAUCCAUAAUGAAUUAAGAGGUGUAUCAGGACAGCUCCCUGAAGGAUGUGCAUCAACCAAAGUGGUUGUCAGCAAUCAGAACCUAAUUGAUACAGUUCAGAACAAGCAACUCCAAGCCGUACUUCAAUGGGUAGCUGCCUCUGAGCUCAAUGUCCCUAUUUUGUACUUUGCUGGUGAUGACGAAGGAAUCCAAGAGAAGCUACUUCAGCUCUCAGCUGCUGCUGUGGACAAAGGACGCAGCGUAGGGGAGGUUCUGCAGUCAGUUCUGCGCUACGAGAAGGAGCGACAGCUGGAUGAGGCAGUGGGAAACGUUACACGGCUGCAGCUGCUGGACUGGCUGAUGGUGAACUUGUGAUGGGAGCCCAACCACUGCUUUCCCCUUUUCCAGCAGUGGGCCCAGCCUUGCCCCCUCCCUUCAUUUUCACUUCCACAGCUCCCCUCUCUAUAUCCUCACAGAGCCCUAACAUUAUCUUCAUCCCACUCACAUCAAAGACAUGUCAUCUUAUGCUAGUCACUGGAUUUUGCAGAUUUUCCUGUCCAUGCGAGCAAGGACAUAAAAUAAAACAAAAUUACAAUUAAA